AUGGGGAUUGCUCAUUUCGCGCGCAGGAUCAAACAGCCACGAGGACUUUGGGUGAAGAUGGUGUUCAUAGUUGUUUUGGGUCUCUGCUUCGUCUUCUUCUGGUCCUUCGUGUCUUCCUCUGCUUCUUCCUUCAUUGUCCAGAGAGAAAGCUUCGACGAUAUAGCUGAACCAGUCUCAUCUCGCACUAAGUCAGCCCAUCACGAGGUUUCACAUGAGAAAGGUAAAGUUGAAUCUGGUUCGAAAUCGAAAGAGGGGAAAAAAGCAGGUGGGUCUGUUCAUAAACAUGAAACCAAGAAAAAGAAAGAGCAUGUUGUUGUGUCUCAUCCACACAAGAAGAAGGAUUUGCCAAAGCCUGUGAUAGACGAAGAAGAAAAAUCUGUGGUGGUUAAGGAGGAUCAAGAACAAGUGGAAGCAGAAACUGAUGGUUCUGAGUCUAAUAAGGAAGAAGGAGAUGAAGGGACUGAGUCAGAUGGAAGUGAAGGAGAAUCUGAUGGUAGUGGAAACGGGGAUGAUUCAAGUGCACCAGCUGAGGAAGAAGUGGAAGAGAAGAGCGAGGAAGUAACCGUAAACGAGACAGGUAAAAAGAAGAAGAGGAAAGGUCCGGUCUUUGAUCCUAAAGCUGAGUACAGCUGGAGAUUGUGCAACACAAGGAGCAAGCAUAAUUACAUGCCAUGUAUUGACAAUGAUGGAUUAAUAGCGAGGCUUCAGAUCUAUAGACAUAGAGAGAGGAGUUGUCCUAAGAAGCCUGUGAUGUGUCUUGUUCCUCUACCACAUGAUGGCUAUGAUCCUCCUGUGACCUGGCCUGAGAGCAGAUCCAAGAUAUUGUAUAAGAACGUGGCGCAUCCAAAGUUGGCUGCAUAUAUUAAGAAGCAUAAUUGGGUGAAUGAGUCCGGUGAAUACUUAACUUUUCCACAGAACCAGACUGCGUUCAACGGAAAUGUUCUUCAGUACCUUGAAUUCAUUCAAGAGAUGGUACCAGAUAUUGAAUGGGGAAAGAAUGUUCGUAUAGUGUUGGAAAUUGGAUGCUCAGAGUCAAGUUUUGUAGCUGCAUUGCUGGACAAAGAUGUUUUGACAGUCUCUCUAGGCUUAAAGGACGAUCUGGUCGACUUAGCACAGGUCGCGCUUGAGCGCGGGUUUCCUACUUUAGUCAGUGCUUUGGCAAGUAGAAGGCUUCCUUUUCCAAGUGGAGUCUUUGAUACCAUUCACUGUGCUGCUUGCGGAAUCCACUGGCAUUCUCAUGGUGGUAGACUUCUUCUGGAGAUGAACAGGAUCCUAAGGCCUAACGGAUACUUCAUUCUGUCAAGUCAUAAUGAAAAGAUUGAGGAUGAUGAAGCGAUGACUGCGUUGACAGCGUCAAUAUGUUGGAACAUUCUUGCACACAAAACCGAGGAAGCAAGUGAAAUGGGAGUAAGAAUAUAUCAGAAACCAGAAUCAAACGCUAUUUAUGAACUGAGAAGGAAGAAGAAUCCACCGAUUUGCAAGGAGAACGAGAAUCCAGACGCAGCCUGGUAUGUGCCGAUGAAACCAUGUUUACACGAAAUACCAUCGGCUAUAGAGCAGCAUGGAGCAGAGUGGCCAGAAGAAUGGCCAAAGAGACUUGAAACAUAUCCAGAGUGGUUAACCAACAAAGAGAAAGCCAUUGCAGAUACAAAUCACUGGAAAGCUAUGGUUAACAAAUCUUACCUCACUGGAUUAGGCAUUGACUGGUCUCAUAUCCGGAAUGUGAUGGACAUGACAGCUAUCUAUGGCGGAUUUGCAGCGUCACUGGUGAAGCAGAAUGUGUGGGUGAUGAAUGUAGUGCCUGUUCAUUCGCCAGAUACGCUUCCUUACAUAUACGAAAGAGGUCUUUUUGGUAUAUACCAUGAUUGGUGUGAAGCAUUUGGAACGUAUCCGAGAUCUUAUGACCUCCUUCAUGCUGAUCAUCUCUUUUCUCGGCUCAAGAACAGGUGUAAGCAACCGGUGUCGAUCGUGGUGGAGAUGGAUAGAUUGACAAGGCCUGGAGGUUGGGUGGUGGUGCGUGACAAAGUUGAGAUAUUAGAGCCAUUGGAAGAGAUUUUGAGAAGCUUGCAUUGGGAGAUUCGUAUGACUUAUGCUCAAGACAAAGAAGGCAUGUUAUGUGCUCAGAAGACAUUGUGGCGUCCAUGA